CUAUCCCUCUCCCCUCUCUCUCUCUCUCUCUCUCUCUCUCCUGCAUUCACACUCAACAGUAAUUCUUCUCUCCCCCUCCGCACAAUUUUUUUCUCUCUUCAUCAUCUUGGUAUCCCCAAUCACAUGGCCUUCUUUCUCUCACUCCUCCUCAUUCUAAUGUCCUCAUCAGCCAAUGCUGCCUAUUGGCCACCCUCCCCUGGCUAUUACCCAAGUUCUAGAUUUCGGUCCAUGAGCUUUUACGAAGGGUUUAGAAACCUAUGGGGUCCUGAGCACCAAAGAAUGGACAACAAUGCAUUGGCAAUUUGGCUUGAUAGGAACUCAGGAAGUGGGUUCAAGUCGGUUCGCCCGUUUCGAUCCGGGUAUUUCGGUGCUUCUAUUAAGCUCCAGCGUGGUUAUACUGCCGGAGUUAUAACAGCUUUCUAUCUUUCAAACAAUGAGGCUCAUCCGGGGUACCAUGAUGAGGUGGACAUUGAAUUCCUAGGGACAACAUUUGGGAAGCCAUAUACAUUGCAGACCAAUGUUUACAUCAGAGGAAGUGGGGAUGGGAGAAUUAUAGGGAGAGAGAUGAAGUUUCAUCUCUGGUUUGAUCCCACUCAAGGUUUCCAUCACUAUGCAAUCCUAUGGAGCCCUAAGGACAUUAUAUUCUUUGUGGAUGAUGUUCCCAUAAGGAGGUACCCAAGGAAGAGUGACGCAACUUUCCCACUAAGGCCCAUGUGGGUUUAUGGAUCCAUAUGGGAUGCCUCAUCUUGGGCCACAGAGGAUGGAAAAUACAAGGCCGAUUACCGGUACCAACCAUUCGUCGGGUCGUACACGGAUUUCAAAGCAACCGGUUGCACCGCCUACGCCCCGCGGUGGUGCCACCCAGUCUCCGCCUCACCAUUUCCCUCCGGCGGCCUCAGCAGCAGGCAAAGAAUGGCCAUGAGCUGGGUCCAUAGCCACUCCUUGGUAUAUGACUAUUGUAGGGACCAAAAGAGGGACCAUUCCCUGACACCAGAGUGUUGGGGUUAAAUGAAGGCAAAAUUCAUCCUAUACCCAUAUGUUGGAAGUCACUCAAAUCUUUACUUUUUACUUGUCUUGUAAACACUCUUUUUGAGAUUGGUCCCACUUGGCAAAGCAAUUGCAAGAGUGGUUGAUUAUUAUCCAAGCCUCCAAAAGGAUAAAUAAACAUAGAAAUGUAAAUUUUUGUGUGGUUA